ACAACCAAUCAGAGUCAGGGGGCGGGGCUCCCUGACCUCUUUCAGGUGAGUCAGGAAGUAAACCUGCUGCUUUCAACAACAGAGACGUUGGAAUAAACCAACAGAAGACAAAAACGUCGACUUUGAGAUCAAAUUCAAGAGUUUCUCUUGAAGGAUGAUGAAAUGCUUCGAGGAACACCAGGAAUGCUGCAGGUGGUAACCAAACGGAUCGGCUGCUGGCAGAAAAACAAGAAAUAGAAGAUUUAUUCAAAAGCGAAACUGUCUGCGCAGUUCAGAGGAACGUCAGAGUUAUGGCUUCAAUCCGGAGGGAAGAACUUCUGUGCCCAAUUUGCCAGAACAUUUUUCAGAAUCCAGUAACUCUGACAUGUGAGCACAGCUUCUGUGUCUCCUGUUUAAAGACAAACUGGGCAGAGAGAGAAACUACCGAGUGUCCGGUCUGCAAGAGAAGGUCAUCAAAGACAAUACCUGUACCUGACUUUGCUCUAAAGAUGGCGUGUGACGAGGUGAGAGCGUCAGGAUCUGAGCCGCUCUGCAGUCUGCAUGCAGAAACACUCAGCUUGUUCUGUGUGGACGAGCAGCAGCUGCUGUGCCGCGUCUGCAGGGAGUCAGAGACGCACGGCGAGCACAAGCUCCAGCUCACCGAAGAGGCCGGACAGCAGGCCAAGAAAACGCUGCAGGAUUCCCUGAAGCCCUUAAGAAAGAGGAUGAGGCUCAUCCGUGAUGUGAAGGGAAGCUGUGAUCAAACUGCAGGUCACAUCAAAACUCAGGCUGAAGCCACAGAGAGGAAGAUCAAAGAGCAGUUUAAGAGGCUUCACCAGUUUCUGGAGGAAGAGGAGGAGGCCAGGCUGAAUGCACUGAGGGAGGAAGAGGAGCAGAAGAGUCACAUGAUGGCGGAGAAGAUCAGAGCGCUGAGCAAAGAGAUCUCAGAUCUAUCAGGAUUAAUUAAAACCACAGAAAACGAACUGAGAGCAAAAGAUGUUCAGUUUCUGCUGAAUUACAAAGAAACGGUGGAGAGAAUCCAGCAGCAGCCGGUUCCUGAUGAUCCGGACCUGAUCUCAGGAGCGCUGAUCGAUGAGGCCAGAUAUCUGGGAAACCUGAGCUUCAACGUCUGGAGCAAGAUGAAGGACAUGAUCUCCUUCAGUCCUGUCGUCCUGGAUCCAAACACGGCCCAUCCAGACCUCACUCUGUCCGACGAUCUGACCAGUCUGACGCAGGGCGCGGGAAAACAGGACCUUCCUGACAAUCCAGAGAGGAUCGACCACUUCGUUUCUGUUGUCGGCUCUGAGAGUUUCACCUCAGGAUGUCACAGCUGGGAGGUGGAGGUAGGAGAAAACGAUGCCUACGUUCUGGGUGUGCUAGUGGGGUCGGAUGUAAGGAAAGGCAUCAUCUGGCCCGGACUGUGGAGGCUCAUGUUCUGCAAAGGAGAAUACAAAACACUUUCCCCAACAGAUCCGGGAUCUGACGUCUCUGUGAAGGGAAACCCAAGAAGGAUCCGGGUUUUCCUGGACUAUGAUGGAGGACGGCUGUCGUUUUCAGACGCAGAAACUGGAGCACACAUACACACCUUCACACACACUUUCACCGACAGGUUGUUUCCAUACAUCAGCACCUGGAGCGAAGUCACCAUAAAGAUCGCACCGCAGAAAAUCACUGCUGCAGUGGAAGAGCAUCUUUAGAAACUCUGCUUUCCUGCACUUUCUGUUCUUUAGGUGACGCGCAUCCUGAGCAAAGGUGAAUGUACGCAAUGGAUGGAUGACUGCCUGUGUUCAGCACUUUGCAAAUAAUAUCACUUAUUGAAACAAUAACUUCAUGCAGUCUCAGUUUAACUUAUUGUAAAUUAUUAAGUUUACAAUGAAGGAAUGUCCAGGGAUUAUAAUAGUUUUUGCUCCUUUUAUUUUUAAUUAUGUUAUGAAGGUGUUUCUAAUUGAUCAGUGUAAAAAACUGUGAUUCUGCCUGGAGAAGUGACUUUGGCCAACUGUAAAAAAUUAAGAUAGCAAAACAAACUAAUUUUAACAUGACUGUGUUAUAACUUGGAAUUAUCUGUGAAAUAAAAUGUGAUGGUUUGAGGGUUCUACUAUUAUAAAACAGUGACAUCAUCAACAAUGUCACUGUUGAUGGUGUCACAAAUUAUGAGAAAUGUUUGCAAGUAAUUUUAUGUUUUUAUUGUUUUAAAUAUGAAAUAAAAUUAGGCACAACUGAAAGAUCAUCUGAUUAAUUUACG